AUGUCAAGCUUUAUACGUGGCAAGCAAGCGGGGAUCCAAAAUGAUCUGUCCGCCGACAUCAGACCAGAGCUCUUCACCCCAGACGACCAGGCCCGCUACGGUAUCAACUCCCAGAUCAGCUGCCUGGCCUACGAGCCCGUGCAGUCGCUAAUGGCCGUCGGCACCAGCGAGAGCAAAUACGGCCCGGGCAAGAUCUACGUCUACGGCCAGAAGCGCGUGCAGAAAUUCCUGAACCCCCCGAGGCCCACGUCCAUUCUCGAUAUUAAGUUUACCGCCAACCGCCUCGUCAGCGUCGACUCGAGGAACGAAGUCAGCAUCUGGGACCUGGGCACGGGAGGGCGUCUGGGCUCCCAGGUCAUCGCCGGCCGCAUCGUGUCCAUGGUGACGGACCCCAUGCUGGACUGGGCCUUCAUCGGCCUCCAGGGAGGCGAGAUUGUCGCCUAUGACCUCGACAGGAUGAGCCUGUCGCGGUGCUUCCGCCUCCCCAACUUCUGGGCCGAGCGCGACCCUCAGGCUCGUGGCGUCGCCCUCAUCUCCAUGUCCCUGCAUCCCCGCGACGUCGGAAAGAUGCUCAUCGCAUACACCCACGGCGCCGUCGUCUACUCGUUCAAGCAGAACAAGGCAGUCCAGUUCCUCCAGUACGCUGUGCCCCGCGGCGCGCCCGGUGGCAACGGCAUUGGCCUCGACGAGGUCCGGCAUCCGCGCCUGACCCACGCCGCCUGGCAUCCCUCCGGGACCUUUGUCGUCACAGCCCACGACGAUGGCAGUCUCGUCUUCUGGGAGCCCCGCGAGGCGCGCAUAGUGCUCGCCCGCUCCCUAUCCCACAUGAAUGUCGACCGACCGGGUGCCAACCAGGUGCACGCAUCGGCCAUUGAGCCCUUUACCAAGCUGGCUUGGUGCUGCAAGAAGAAUUGCGACGACUCUGGCCUCUUGGUCGCCGGCGGCCAGGCCCUCGACGCCUCCCCCAAGACCAUGACCUUUAUCGACUUCGGCAUCACUCCCGUCUGGGCCACGUCUACGUGGAACAUGCUCGCCGAGUACUGCAAGGGCAAGCGGCAACUCGAACUGCCCCUGCCUCUUGGCGCCCAGUCGGUCGACUUUCUCCUGAUACCCCGCGACUCCCCGCACUUUGGCGGUGCCCAGGACCCCAUCGCCAUCAUCUCGCUGCUGUCGUCGGGCGAGCUGUACACGAUGAGUUUCCCCUCGGGGUACCCCAUCAACCCCACCAACCAGCUGCAUCCGUCGACCUUCUUCGUGCACCCCUUCAUCACCAGGGUCAACGUGGUCAGCGUUGAACGGCCCCGAUGGCUGGCCAUGGUGGAGAAGCGUGACCAGGGCGAGCCGAUCCUGACCGGAGGAGCCGAGGCGCCGUUGCCGCGCAAGAGGUUCGAGGAGCGCACCAUUAUCCAGGCAGCGCAGGCCGACGGCACCAUCCGGCUGUGGGACUCGGGCCACGCCGACGAGAUCGAGAACAGCAGCCAGCUGCAGGUGGACCUGGCGCGGGCGCUGGAUCGAACCGACGACAUCGAGGUGACGGCCAUGAACCUGGCCAGCGGCACGGGCGAGUUCGUCGUGGGCACGCGCGCGGGCGAGCUGCUCGUCUUCCGGUGGGGGGGGAACCGCUUCUACGGCAAGGACACGCAGCGGCACAUGGACCCAAAUCCGAUGGACCUGACGGACAUCAGCUCCCGGUCGGAGCCCACCCUUCGCGAGGGGCUGCAGCCGUUCCUCCUGUAUGAGAUGAUGCAAGGGUCCGUGACGGCGGUGCAGGUGUCUAACGUGGGCUUCGUGGCCGUCGGGUCGGAGCUCGGGUUCCUCGCAAUAGUCGACCUGCGCGGUCCCAAGAUCAUUUACCAGGCCCCGAUGACGGAGUUUGCCAAGCAGGACAAGCGCCGGACGUUCCUCAAGGGCCACGGACGGUCCAACUCGGCGCCACCGCAGAAGGAGUGGCCGGUGGUGAUUGAGUUUAGCGUCAUGACGCUCGACGACGACAAGUACUCGAGCAUCUGCUGCUUCGUGGGCACCAACCUGGGCAAGGUCAUCACGUUCAAGCUGCUGCCCAACAACGGCGGAUACUCGGUCGAGCUGGCGGGCGUGGUUACCCUUGACGACCGUAUCAUCUCCCUCAACCCGAUAGACGCCCACACGGGCAAGCCUGCGCUGGCAACAGGGCCCAUCGUCGCCGGGCUCCGCGAGGGCAGGCAGGUGGACGGCGUGGUGGUGGCGGUGACGGAGAAGGAGAUACGCAUCUUCCGCCCGGCAAACUCCAAAGGCGCCUCCAAGGAGUUCGAUGACAUACUGUGCGACGCGGCGGCCGUAGCUGAGCUAGAGCUCCAGGGAAUAGCGGUGGUAGGCGUGUUCGGCGACUCGACGGCGCGGGCGUUUUCGAUCCCGGGGCUCCGCGAGAUCGGCAAGGCCGACCUCCCCAUGAUGGACCUCAGCCGGUCGACCAACCUGACGGUCACGCAGACGGGCGACGUCUUCGCCUGGACCGGACCCAGCGAGAUGGCGGUCGUGCACGUCUGGGGCGCAGGCCAGCCUCUCAAGCAGUCCCUCGAUACCCUCGUCAACCCGAAGCUGGAAUGCCCCCCCCGCCCCACCAUAUCCAACAUGCAGUGGAUCUCGGGAACGCAGUACGUGUCCCCGCUAGACCUGGACAUCCUGGUUGGCGGUCUCGACCGCCCCCCGAGCAAGCGUAUGCUCGAAGCGGCCGCCUCGGAGAAGCGCGCGGCGGCAGCAGCAGCAGCCGGCUCGGGACCUUCUUCCCACAACGCCAACAAACCCAGGAGUCCCAGCCAGGAAGGUUGGGGCGACUAUCUGACCCGUCAACUCAAUGAACGCACGGAGAAGCUCAACAUUAUGGGUGACAAUAUGGAUAACCUCCAGGAGCAGAGUCAGGGCUGGGCAGACGACGUGAAUAAGUUUAUCAAUCGGCAGAAGAGGAAUGUCGUCGUGGGAGGCUUGAAGAGCAAGUUUUUCUAA